AUUGUAAACUGACGAUAUUUUUUUCUUAGAGAAGUAAAUUCCUUUGGACUGUUUAUGUUAUUACACAGUAUGCAGCAUUACCAUGCUGUAUGCGCAAUUUAUCGUCUCUCCAGAACCUUGUAAACACGUAAGUACAUAGGUACACCUACACCACCAGACUAUCUCUAUCGACAUUAUAUUAGCUUUGUAAUGUGUAACUAGACUAGACAUUAACCGCUUUUUAUAUACCUGUAUAUACUAUCUCAAUUUUUCGUCUCAGAGUUAAAUCUCUAAAGCGAGUUUAAAUACAUUUUCUUGUUUUCUCCAGGUAUUAAAAAGGAAGAAAACGUUAUUGAUAGCGCUCCAUUUUCUAUUAUUUCUUCGAGUAGAGGUCGCGAUCUUCUUCUAUAUAAAGGUUAUAGAUUUACGAAAACCCGAGUCAAAAAAAAUGGCCACAUUGUUUGGCGUUGCAUCAAUAGGACUUUUUCUUGUUACGCGGCUGUUACUACUUAUGGCAUUGAAGUUAUUAGAGAAAAUAUGCACAGAUGCCAGGCUGAUGCUGCUGACAACGAGAUUAAGAAAAAAAUAACUGAAUGUCUAAAAAGGAUAAAAAAUGAAUCCACGCCUUUUCGUCAGAUAUAUGCAGAUGCUGUCAAUGAAUAUAAUAAAAUGGGCUUUAAUGCCAUUAAACCUAUGCCAAGUUUUGCUUCUGUGAAGACCAGAUUUUAUAAUCACAAAAAUGCAGCAAUAAAGAAAACGAUAGAGUAUUUCGAGGGAAAGUCCGAAGGGCAUUCUAGUAAUGAUAAAUAAAUAGCCGUUAAAUGUUAGUGAUAUUUUAACAAUUCUAUUAGAGAUUAUUAUGUGACAAUACAGACUGUUUAGAAUAAUUUCAAUGAUACUCAUGAAAAUUAUGUAAAUAUUUGGAAUAGCUUUUAAUUAAGUAUGAAAGCUUUUGUCACUACCGUUACACUAAGCUUCCUUAUUUAUAAAUAACCCCAACGUAACGCCCAAAUAUUCGCAACGCCUAAACCUUGUCAUCUUUUAGGAAGCAAGUAAAGUCUCAUUAUGUUAGUCUUCUUUAAUAUAUUAUAUAAUUAUUUAUUGUUCUAUAUCUAUAACAAUAUAUGUAUCUAUAACAACAAUAUCUACGCUUGUCUGAAUGUUUAUAUAUUACUCCUAUAUCUUUUUUAUUUAAAUAUUUUAUUUUUUGUCUAUUUAUUUAAUACUGUUAAGUUUACUGCACCCUCUUAGUUUACUUGUGUCUCUUUCCACCCAAAGGUUGGCUGGAAGAAAUUGCAUUGGCGAUAAGUCCGCCUUUGCACUCAUUAUGUUUGAAUAUCUUGUUGUAACUUGUACUCCUUUGUGAAUGAUGCAAUAAAGAGUUUAUAUAUCUCUCUAUCUAUCUAUCUAACCCCAUAAGUAACCCAAUUUGAGAAGAUCGAUUUGGGUUUUAUUCUUGUAAAUACGAAUACUAGAUGCUUAUCGUUUAUAGGUCAUCAGGGAAACUCUUACCGAUGUGGUGAUUUAUUAGUUGAGAUAAUCGGAACUCCAAUAAAGACUGAAGUUAAUUCAGACAGUGAUAUGCUAGACAUUGAUGACUCCUGCAAUUUAUUAGAAGAGAGAUACAAUGUUCUAGUAGACCCUGAAUUAAAAUCGGAUAGUGGUAUGGCAGUUAUUGAUGAGAAGUUUCCAAUAAAAUCAAUUAAAGAUUUGAAAACAAUGGAUAAGAAACUCCGAAAUAAGGAUUACGAAAAAUCAUUGGUAGAAAAGUUCUUGAAAGUGUGUGAUAGACGCAGCUCAAUGACAUUAAAAUCUGAUGGACUAUUCUUAUUGAGCCAUAUCAUUACCGACCAAUGUCUUAACAUGUGUGUGUGGAAAGGUAUAAAAGGCUAUAGUAAAGUACCUUUCGUUAAUUUUAUUAACAUGCGAGAAUUUAUUUUCAAAGUUAUUAACCAAGCAGACGAAACAUGUAGUCGGAAAGAUGUUGAUAUAUUUUUGCAACACACCGCUAUAAAAAGCAGCUACCAAAGAUUAAAAAGAAGAAAACGAUCCACAUAAGCUCCUGAUAUUCAUAAGAAUCCUGCAGGAUUCAAAGUAAUUAGGUCAAGUGGAAUACAAUUAGGAGAAAAUAAAAAUAGUUGCUAGAAUGCUGCUGAAAAAAUCGUUAAAAUAUGAAGAAUGAUGCAAUAACGAGAAAAAUAUUAAUCAUGAAUAAUCAAAUAUCAAGAUAUUUCCUAUUAUGAAAUUUGAUCUUAUGCACUUUCUAGAUUGUUCUACUUUGUAAUCUACUCGUGUGAAAUAUAGUAUCAUAAAUAUGAUUAAUACGAAAACAAAUGUAACUAGAUAAAGUAGUACAUUUUAUUUCGUAUUACUGUUGUAAUUUUUAAUUUUAUCACAAUGACAGUGAAUUAGAUACAGUGAAGGAAGGAAGUGGAGAAUGAAAACGUACAGAAGAAUAGUAAGAGAAGCAAAAACGAAGAAAAAUUAGAUAGAUUACGGGAAGCAAAAAGAAGGAGAAAUCGAAACAAACGUGAAAAAAUUAAAAACAAUCCCGAAUAAUACGAAAAAGUUAAGGCCAAAUAUAAAGAAAGAAUGAAACAGAAACAAAUAAAAAUGAGUUCUGACGAACAGGUCGUAAAACAGAUGAACCUUUAGAGCUAUAGAGCUCGAAAGGUCAAUCUGAAAAAAAAAGUUAAGCUAAUUAGAGAACAGAUGAAAUUCUCGCUUGUUAUCGUCAAGGAUGAUAUACGUGCCAAUGGUCUGAUAACUAGUGAUGCCGACAACUUUGCGAAGUGGAGAGUGUAGGAACGCGAACCCUAGGUUCCGACGUUCAACGGCUGAGGACGAAACUGGGAAAAUGCUAAAAUGAGAGAGAGAGAGAGAGCUACAAAAGACUACAAGUUGAUACCUGCCCGUUCACGUCAAAAGAAAAAUCUUCUCAUGCUUAAUGGAUAUACCUUCGCGCAGAACCACACACCACGCCUUUGGUAUUGUUCCCAGAAACGAAAUGGCUGCAAGGCCAAAAUCAAGAUGUCUGAUAACGGAUAUAUACUGCGAGCAGACACUGACCACUGCCACACUCCUCCAAUGUACUAUAUCAACAAACUGGGCGAAUAUAGGUUAUACUAUAAGCUUAUACCUUCCCGUCAAAAGAAAAAUCUUCUCAUGCUUAAUGGAUAUACCUUCGCCCAGAAUCACUCACCGCGCCUUUGGUAUUGCUCUCAAAAAAGAAAUGGUUGUAAGGCGAAAAUCAACAUGUCGCACAAAGGAAGAAUACUUUAUGCAGACAAGGACCAUUGCCACACGCCGCCGGAGUACUACGUCACCAAAACGGGGGAAUAUGUGUUGAUGAAGUCCAAGAAAUGUUAAAUUUAAUAUUAGUACUGCUGCAUCUUGUACUUCAAUCAUCGUACAUCCACUGCAGAGUGUCUUUUCAUGCACACCAUUCCUUACGGUCUUAAGCUCUCCUCAUCCAGGUCUUUCCCAUUACAUUAUAGAUCAAUCUAGACUAUGGUAAAUAGAAUAGUACAGUACCUAUAUAGUUGAAUACUGUCUGUCUGAGUAUAAUACAAAAUCUGAUUCGCCAAGUCUCUGCACGAAGUAGAAGUAGAAUUAGGCAUAAUGUUGUUUAACUCUCAUACAAAAACAUAUAAUACAAUUAAUACUACAUUCAAUAAUAGUUUAUUAUCAAAACAAUAGCGUAGAUGAAUUGUAUAAUGCAUAAUCGAGAUAAAUACGUAGAUAUAAUUGGGAUCAUUUUCUGAAGUUACAGAAUGAAAAAAAAUUGCCAAAAUAUACAGUUGGAUCAUUUUACGAUGAUUGAAAGUUGAUUACAAAGUCCAUUUCAAAAAUAUGAUUUUUAUAAAAAAAGCUUAACCACCAUUGUAAAAAAAAGAAAAUGUAAUAUCUUCUUUGUUACGAAGUUACCUUUCAAACAGGCAAUAUUUGGGUUGUAUCGUGUAUAACUUCUCCUUUGAGUUUUAUUUAGUACUAAAAACGUCCAAAACAGCUACGAUAAACAUAUUUUUGAACUCGUCCAAACGUUUUAGUACUAAAUAUUGCCCUUAUCAAAAUGGUUGUUUCAUAGAUAUUUAGGAAUGUACGGUUUUCAAAUGUCGUAUACCAGCUAAUAACUAGUCGGAUCUAGUCAAAAAUAUGUUAAAUACUCUCAUUUUGUAAUUCUUAAUCUUUUUUCGUGUAUUGUAUCGAUGCACUAUAUAUAUAUAUAUAUAUA